AGCCACCUACCAGGGGUCUUUAGUGAGUUUACGGCAAAAUGGCCGCCUCCUUGCUUCGUGGGAGGACGCUGGUGAUUUGUAGAACAUUUAAGCGGAUUUACACACCAAAAACUCCACAUUCCGCGACUUAUCCGAAUGGGCUUCUACUACAGACGGCAUCGUAUAACCCCAGGCCUCUGAAACUGAAUCUCCGCGAUCCUUAUAUUCCGGACAAGAGUAGCGAAGAGACGCCGGAAUGGCAGAAGACAAGCAAAUACGAUAGGAAACUGUACGGUCGCUAUGGCUCGGCGUCCGGUAUUGACCCUGCGUCAUUAUGGCCCAGCCACGCAGAACUGGACAAGAUCGUCGCGGAGGAAAAUGAGUGGCAUCCUCCGUUAGAGGUCAUGUUGAACAAUAUCGCGGCCAAGCAAAAGGAAGAGACAGAAAAACGCCUCGCAAAAGAGAAGCUCAUUGCAGCCAACAUGGCAAAAAUGCCUAAGAUGAUUGCCGACUGGCGCAAAGAAAAGCGUGAAGCUAAACAGAAGCUAAAAGAGGAAAAGGCACGUCGCGAGAAGUUGUUGGCUGAGGCAAGAGAGCGGUUUGGCUAUGCAUUGGACCCCCGCAGCCCCAAAUUCUUGGAAAUGGUUGCCGAAAUUGAAAAAGAAGAGAAGAAAAAGAGAAAACUAAUGAAACGUAGACUGAGAGAAGAACAAGCAGCCGUUCCUGUCACUCCACCCGUUGCCUCGUCAUAAACUUGGAUUCAGAAAAGACAAUUAACUACAGUAAUACAUGUUAUUAGUAUAGAUGAACCUGGUUAAGUGCUUAUUUUGUUUUCUGAUACAAUCUGGAAUUACAGAACCUCAAAUUUCCCAAUAGAAAAUUACUUUUCAAAGUAUGUUGUUUCUUUGACUGUAAUUGUAAUUAAGAUUUCUGUCUAGUACAUUAUUAAAGCAAUGUGGAUAAUUUUGCGAAGUGGCAUUAAUCAAGACAAAAAAGGGUAGACACUAGACAUUUUAGAAGGUAUAAGUGAGCAAGGCAAUGUCCUCACCCACCCCACACAAGCGGUGUCCCUUCUCAAUUUUUGAAAAAAUUUCCCUGCAUGCCUGCGAUUUGGUACCAUGUGUGGUAUGCAACCAAAAACUGGAGCGAGUUAAAUUAUUAAAGUCCCUCAUGGGGGAAUUCAUUUUUUUAAUUGGCAGCCAUUGACAGUGAUAGAUGUCCAAUCAUGUGUCUAUCUUUGUGUCGAGGUCUUUGUAUGUGUCUUUUCAUUCUUCUGUUGUGAAUUUAAAUUAGUUUGUCGCUAGUGGAUGCCCAAUCCGUUUGAGAUGUUUGAGUUGAAAUGGAUUGGAGUCAGUCUGGCACUGUCAAUAUCAGAACAAAUGUCAUUUUAUUAGUAGAACCCUGUGAUAGUCAGCACAACUUCUUAGUAUUUACUGUUUGCGAUACACUUUGAACUCACCAAAACCUCAGUUAAUGACAAUAUGCCAAGAUGGUCAAUUAAGUAAUCAGUAUAAAGCAGUAUGUGUGAAUGUUACCAAAAGGGGUUUUAAUCAGUGGGAUAGGACCUCAAAACGUAAACAUCGUUCAUACAUUGAAAUGUCGUUACGCACAAAUUUGUAAUCUUAUAUAAAAUAGAAGUACUAAUCAAAACCAUGUUGUACAAUAGUCCAGAUUGAUGCCAAUCAGGACUUACCUUUAUUAAAUGUCAAAAGAAGGAUAAACUGAACAGAAACCUAUUAGGCAUUUAGUGUUUGAAAAUGGAUAGAAAUGUAAAACUGGAUAUUGUUUAAAAAGAGUAUCCCAAUCACGAAGAUGAAGACUGUCUCCUUAUAGUUGAGUUUCCGCCAAAUCGACAGAGCCAGCCUUCAGCUUGGCCAGAGCGGCAUGGAUCCUGAACUGCGUACGUGAUUCCAUGGAGUAUUCUUUGUAGUUGUGUCUGGAAUUCAAAUGAAAGAUUUGAGUGCCAAAAAGAGGUUAAUACCAGUUUAUUUAAAGUAUUAAGCAAGAGGUCAUGGCAUUUAUGAGUUCUAAUAAAAUCAGAAUACACCACAAUUAAAAAGUUAAAUUUUUUAAAAUCAAGCACCAAAUAUAUUUUUUCCUUUAGAUUUUUUUAAGGCGUCUAAAUAGCAGGAGGCGUUUGAGGUACCGACAAAGCAAUAAUGCAAACGAUUAACAUCAGAAUCUGGUGGAAUGGAACUACAGAAAAUUCAAUCAACUAAAUAUAUAACAGGCAAACACCGCCCUCUAUUGUUCCCUACUGGAAAUACAUGGGGUUGAACUCAUUGGUGAAUAAUAUGAAGAAAAAGAAAAUAAACUUGAAAAUCUAAAAAGCGGACAAUUGAAUAAUCACUAAAAAAGAUUCAAAUAUUUCCAAAGACCUAAACAGAAGCAAAAUCAUCCAAUAAUGAUUUAGGUGUAAAAUACUAAGCUCUUUCAAGAGCUAAUAGUUCUUAAACUAUUUACUUUGUACACUACCAUUAUGACAACAAAAAUAGUUGAGUCGAAGGCCCAAGUUUUAAUUAGAAAUGAAGUUUUUAUUCCUUACCCGAAGCAUUCCCAAGUAUGUAUAUUAUAUAUAAAAGAGUCCCUAUCUCACUUAAUUUUACGCCUUUAAUUUUAGAAUGUGCAAUGAAAUCUCAAUUUCCGAACUAUACAGACAGUGUUGGGGGGCAGUGGCCAACCUGUACAACCACAACUAAUAAUACUAUGAAAAAGAAGCAACUUACUUAGCCUUGUGCAGCAGUUUGAUGGCCUCGUCCUUUCGGCCUUGUUCAAUGUAAAGGAGACUAAGCUCCACCAUGGAGUUAGGAAUGAGGUAGUGGUCGAACCGGAGCUUCUUCUCACUGAACAAGUUUAAAAAAAAAAAAGCAGCUGUGUUUAACAUUCAUUUGAAUUUUUAACCCAAUUAUAACCUGCAACUAACAGCCAAAUAUGGAUUUAAAGGUCUCAAAGCCCAACCUAUUAUUCAAAAUGGCUCAUGACUCCCCUCACCUCCCUAUCAAAAAUGGAUUGGACGUCUCGUGCCGUCAAUGGUACUGAAACAUGUUUAUUACCUGCAUAUGAAAGCAAUGCAGAAAGCACUCACCUAGAACAAACUUUAUGAAAGCAUUCCUCAGCACCCUGGAGGAGUCCUUGAUUUUUCAAACACAAUCCCUUCAGCAGAUGGAUUACACAACGGUCGUCUAGUGAAUACUCAUUCUCUGAGGUGGUGCGAGAAGACAAAUGGCAUACAUAGAUAUUAUAUUUUGUGGUUCGUGUUACAUUUAUGAUUAAAUGGAAAUAUGAAGACCUGGAGACUCCAAGAGGGUGCGCUCAGCGUCCACUAGAGUCUGCAUCAUUCCUUCAGUCAGCUCUGGUUGUUUUUUGAUCAUACUAUAACCAUUCCACAUGUACAUCAUCUCCUGGAAGCAUGCAUUGGAUAAAUGUAAAGGUAUUUGCGGAGGGUUAUGUACAGAAUGUAUGUUUUUGAAGUCUUACCAGCACUGGCACGACUAGCCUGACUGGGCAGUGGGUUUGGUAGCGGCGAGCUUUGCGGAUAGCAAAUUUUUCAGUGGGGGGAGACUUCCCUGCUAUCUUUUGCUUAAAGGCAGGUACUUGUCUAAACAAAAGAGGAAACCAUGGGUUGAAGCACAGCUGGUCCAAGGCAUA